CGGACACAAUCGGAGCCGGUCAAGAAGAGCCAGCAGCUGUGAGCUUGGUGAGUCAGCCAGCUCCAGUCUCGCUCAGUCCGUUCGUCCGCUUCGUCUCACUGAACGACCGGUUCCACAUCGUAGCGCUCUCCCGUAUAAACGUGCAUGUUCAUUUACGGACUACUCCUUGCCGUCGUCUCGGCCAGCGACGGCUAUUGGCACGUUGCCAAUUCCAAGUGAAAGCGCCAAACUCGUCAAAAAUCGAUUUGAUGGUUUGUAUCGAAAAUUUUUCGGAAAAAUUCUUGUUGCCUGAGGAUUUCAUCAAUGCUGCUGAGAAACCAGUGGACAUUCCUACUGAUGCUAUAUUGGACGCUGUUCAAAAUUCGCAGCUGUUCGAAGGUGACAUCAUCGGAAUGCCAAGUAUCGACGAGCCGACGCUUCGUCGUCUUCGCGACGAUCCACUCGAUGCCGAGGAAGCUCGAAUUUUCGGGACAC